UACCUAUAUUAACUUUAAAUGGAUUUUGUGUCGGAAUUAAAAAACUCAAAAAAUACUUUUAUUAUUGCCGAAAUUGGACAAAAUCAUCAAGGUAGUUUGGAAACUGCAAAAAAAUUAAUAAAGACGGCCAAAGAUUGUGGAGCAGACUGUGCUAAAUUUCAGAAAACUAAUCUACGGGAAAAAUUCAAUAAUUUGGCAAUAAGUAGAAUAUAUAAUUCACCAAAUUCUUUUGGUAAAACCUAUGGAGAACAUAAGCAAUUUUUAGAGUUCAAUGAAGAAGAAUUUCAAGAAUUACAGGAAUAUGCCAAUCAAAUUGGAAUUUUAUUUACUGCUUCUGCUAUGGAUGUAAAAUCAUUAGAAUUUUUAAUAAGUAUUAAUGUUCCAUUUAUUAAAAUUGGAUCCGGAGAUGCUAAUAAUUUUAUAUUAAUUGAAAAAGCUGCAAAAUCUGAUAUUCCUCUAAUAGUCUCAACAGGUAUGCAAUCAUUAGAAACAGUUAAAGAAAUUUACAAUGUUAUAUCCAAAUAUCACAGAAAAUUUGUGCUUUUACAUUGUAUAUCAGCAUACCCGGCACCUAUAUCUGAUAUUAAUUUAAACGUUAUUAAAUUUUACCAAAAAGAGUUUUCAGAUGUACCUAUUGGAUAUUCUGGUCAUGAAUUAGGCAUCUACAUUAGUUUGGCAGCUGUUGCUAUUGGAGCUAAGGUUAUAGAAAGACAUAUCACACUGGAUAAAACUCUGAAAGGAUCAGAUCAUACAUGCUCAUUAAACCCUACUGAAUUUGAACAAAUGGUAAAUAAUAUACGAUCAUUAGAAACAGCAAUGGGUCAAGGAAUAAAAAAAAUGGAAAACUCAGAAAAAGCCUGUUAUGAGAAACUAGGGAAAACAAUAGUUUAUAAAAAAAAAUUAUUAAAAGGCCAUGCCUUAACUAUGGAAGACUUAAAUGUAAAAGUGGCAGAACCCAAAGGAAUUGAUGGAGCUCUAAUAAAUAAAGUUACUGGAAAAAUAUUGAGUAUAGAUAUUAAUGAAGAUGAAUCUGUAUUAUAUGAUCAUUUUCUAUAGUACAAAAAUGUAUUGUCAUAUUCUAUUAAAUAUUUUUUAUAUUAUUUAACACACACUAAAAAAUAGUUGAAAACCUACCUCUUCAUGAAUAAUAUUUUUGGGCCGUAAUGUCAAUUGAUCACUAAGGCUAUAAUGUUAUAAUGUGAUCUUUUAGGAUAAGCUCUAUCAAUUUCAUCAUUUAACUAAUGUAUAUUAGCUACAAUAAUUCCUAGAAAGGCAGCAAAGAACCUACGGCUAUGUUUAUACCCUAUUCAAAAAAUGUUUUACAAAGUGCUGUAAAACAACAAUGCUCCUCCGGUUUGAUUAAUUUUCAAGCUUUUAAAAUAUUAUAAAACUUUUGAUUUGCUAUUCAAUUUUUGUUUACUCCUUGUAUUUUACAAAUAUCAAGGAACUCUGCUGGAAUUCAGCAGCGAACCUCGGUUUUUUUCAAAGACAUUACAACAUAGAGACAAAAUGUUUCAUUCAUAAAUUCCAUACAAUUGCGGACUGUUAUUGUUUUAAAAUUGUUAGUGAGUGGAAGAGAGAAAGACAGAUCUCUUAGGACCGGUUGGCAACGUUGUAAACAGUGUCCAUAAUAUGCUCGCCAGCGGCGUAGAGUUUUAAACUUACCAGUAUUGUCAGAGUAGUAUGUUAAAAAAAUACGUAAAUAAGUAGGUAUAUUUUUUUAGUAAUAUAAUUAUGGUGCUUUUUUCAUGUAGGUA